GGACUUCGUCUCUGCAAUCCAAAAUGUCAACAAAGGACUCGGACAGCGUUGGCAUCGACGAGAAGGACAACGUACUCAUUGAACAGCGCUCCUCACCUGGGUUCAUUGAGGCGCCGGAUGGCGAACUUCUCAAUGCAGAUAUUAGACCCUCUGCCGAGCGCAAGCUAGUACGCCUCCUCGAUAUGCGCCUACUGCCAACGAUUAUCGUGAUUUUUCUCCUCAACUAUAUCGAUCGGGUGGCUGUGACAGCUGCAAAACUGCAAGGCCUAACACAAGAUUUGCAUCUUACGGGCCUGCAGUACAACACGGUCAUAGCCGUACUCUAUGCCACCUACGUUCCUGCCCAAAUUCCCUCAAAUAUGAUACUGAAUCGUAUAUCGAGACCAUCCUACUACAUACCAGCUUGUGUGAUUGUUUGGGGGGUUACGAGUGCAUGCACAGGGGUCACAAAAAACUAUGCCGGGAUUAUUGCCUGCCGCGUGUUCAUUGGUCUGCCUGAGGCCGCGUUCUAUCCAGGGGCAAUGUAUCUACUUUCCCGAUGGUACACUCGAACAGAGCUGGCAUUCCGUGGUGCCAUCAUUUACGGUGGGCUGCUAAUCUCGAAUGCGUUUGGCAGUUUAAUCGCUGCAGGAAUCCUCGGAGGGAUGCAAGGAAAACUUGGUAUCGCCGCUUGGAGAUGGGUGUUCUACAUUGAGGGGGCGGUCACCGUUUGCAUUGGUUUUGCAUCGAUUAUUCUGCUGCCUGACUAUCCACACAACACACGCUGGCUAACGCCAGCGCAGCGAAGGCUUGCUCAAGUAAGACUUGCAGAAGAUGCUGGCGAGGCAGACGAAGAUGUCAAGAACGAAUCUGCUACGGUUGGCUUGAUGAUGGCAUUGAAGGACCCGAAGGUGUCUAUCAUGGCGGUGAUGUGUUGUUCGCAGCUGCUUGGCCUGGGUUUCGUCAAUUUCUUUCCGACUAUUGCAGGCACGAUGGGAUUCUCGACAACCGUCACUCUUCUUCUCUGCGCACCUCCUUGGAUUCUCGCGACUAUUGUGUGCGCUGCGAACGCAUACAGCGCUGACCGAACCGGGGAGCGCUUCUUCCAUAUGUGCUGGCCUUGGUGGGGCGUCAUAAUAGGCUACAUUAUUGGCGUGACAACAAUGUCUCUCGGUGCCCGGUAUGUAGCCCUGUUCCUGAUGGCGUGUGGAUAUGCUGGUUUUGCCUUAACGGCCGUAUGGGUCUCCAACGCCAUCCCUCGCCCACCCGCGAAACGCUCCGCAGCCAUCGGUAUAGUGAAUGGUUUCGGCAAUUUUGGAAAUCUCAUUGCUUCCUACACAUGGCAGUCGCAAUGGAGCCCUGAAUAUCAUCAAUCCAUGUACAUUGGACUCGCAGCUCUUGUCUUCGCCAGUGUUCUAGCAUUCGUCGUUCGAUGCAUGCUGAUCAAGGAAAACCAAAAACUGGAGAAAGCCGAGCUGGAUUUCCUUAAGGGUGCAGGGCGGCAGCGUAUCGAGGAUGCUGCCAAACUGGAGGGCCUCACAUUCGAGCAGGCGCUGGAACGCAAGAGAGGUUUCCGCUACCUAUACUGAUUGACGCCUCAAUUAGGCGUAGGCAGUGAGUAUACUAGGGAGUGGAUAUCCAGUCAGAUGGUGUGAGUGCGUGUACGAUAUGCAGUGACCUUGUUACAAUAGCGAGAUUUGAUUCGAGGCGUAUCCAGC